AUGCUAGCUUUUGCUUUCUUCAGCUGGAGUCUGGCCGCUGAAGAUGCCGAAGAAAUCAUUGGCUCUUUUCCCUUUGUGGGUCUUAGGUGGAGAAGAAAAGCAGAAAAGGGAACUCACUCUGGACACCCUCUUCAGCACCACCCCCCACCUGGAGACAAGCCCUCCUUCCACCUUGGAGCAGGCCAGGCUUGGGUCCAGUCCUCCCGUCCCUUCCAAAGGUGGGGUUCUCUGGUGGACCUCACCAGAGGGUCGGAGGGUCCCGUCCAUCUGCUCCUGAGGGGGAUCGCGUUCCUCAGGCAGACAGGCGGGCCCCUCCGAAGCCACCCCAAGCUGGAGCCGAUGGCCAGGUGCCCGAUGGAUUCCUCUUUCCUGGGUCCAUGCUUGGUCCUCGGUGGAGACGCGGGGUGCUUGGAGAGGAAGGGCAGGGGCCCCUUCUGGAGGGCUCUGGGCUCUGGGAUGGCCACAGCUGUCCUUCCCAGCUGCUGGCUCCUGUUUCUCUUCCUGGGGCUGCUGGCAGCCGGCUCCUGUGAUGGCUCCGUUGAGUCGGAGAGGCACGGAAGUAGACGGGGUCCAGAGAAGCAAUCUCAGUGGAAUGACUUUCCCACGGAGCAAGGGGUGAGCAGCGGCCCUCUGCCAGCCUCUAAUGACCUGGAAGCCCCUGUCACCGAGAAGCCCCGAAGCAUUGACCCCAGGGACACCUGGAUGCUCUUUGUCAGACAGUCCAACAAAGGGGUCAAUGGCAAAAAAAGGAACACUGGGAAAUCCAAAAAGUACAAGCUUGGGCUCCCUGGGCCUCCUGGACCCCCUGGCCCUCAGGGCCCCCCAGGGUCUUUCAUCCCACCUGAGGAUUUAUUGAAGGAAUUCCAGCUGCUGCUGAAAGGGGCGGUGAAGCAUCGGGAGAAGAUGGGUCUGAAGCCGUGUGAGGACUGUGGGGGCCGGGAAGCUGAGGCUGAGGUGGAGGACAGGGUGGCCGAAGAGGAGGACGUCCUGGCCCUGGUAACCGGGUCCCUUGCACAGAGCUACAGACCUCACCGGGUGGAGGCCGCCUUCCACUGCCGGCUGCGAAAGAACAUGUCCAUAGAGCGGCGAUCCCUCCAGGAGCUGCAGCAAUAUUACCUGCCUGGAAAAGAAGGAUCGUUUCACCGAGGUCUGGGGCUGAACAUCACCAGCGGUCAGUACACAGCCCCCAUCACUGGAUUCUACACCUUUGCCGCUACCCUGUACAUCGUGCACGGUGGGGACCAUCAGAAGAAGGGGCAGCCUCGGUCCCGGGACCGCCUGCGGGUGCUGAUCUGCAUCCAGUCUCUGUGCCAGCGUAACGUAUCUCUGGAGGCCAUCACUGGCCUGGACAACAGCAGUGAGCUCUUCACCAUCUCAGUGAACGGAAUCCUGUACCUACAGGCUGGUCAGUAUGCCUCCGUCUUCAUAGAUAACGCUACCGGAUCAUCUCUCACCAUCCGCAGCGGUUCGGAUUUCAGUGCUGUUUUCUUAGGGGUAUGAAUUCCUUGAACCCUCAAGCGACUCCAGUGUCUUCAUCUCCCUUUUUCCACUGUAAACUGAAGUAGCAGCAAGUUUUCCUGGGGAAGGAGCCAAACUCUUCCCAGUCUAGGUGCCGCCUCGCCAAAGACUGCCAAACUUUUUGACCUCUCUGCAAAAUGGCCACCCCACCUCACUCCAGAGACAACCUCUACAAGACGGUGCAUUAGGGGUUGAUCGAUCGAAUACUUCGAAGAACAGAAAAAUGAGUGAUCUAUGUAUGAAGACUGUUUUCUCCUGUGAAAAUGAGGUGUUUGUGUAGCAUUUGUCAUGAAAAAAAAUUUUUUUGAAUCAACUUACUGGAAAUCUAGCAUAUAUUGAUUUCUGGUCAGACUAACCCUUCUAACUUCUCUGUAAAUUCCCCGUCUUGCCUUGAGAGCUGAUAGGUUCUGGCUGCACAAUCUGCUGGACAGCUACCAAAUGCCUUAAAGCUAUAC